GGUGCUGUAGUCCUUGUGCCGCCUGCCUGCCCGGGCUCGAUGGGGAGCGGGACUCCCAGUCCCAUCGCUCCCGCUGGAGCCGCCGCACAGGCUCAGAGACCGUGUGCUCCGAGGGGCCACUACAUUGUCUAUUGUAUGUUUUUCUUCCCCCCUCCCCCGCCCCGCCUUGGCAUUUUGUACAUUUCACGGGAGGUUUAAAUCGAGAGUGAAAAGCAUGACAGACGAGCAAGAAAUUAUGUGCAAACUCGAGAGCAUCAAGGAAAUCAGGAAUAAGACUUUGCAGAUGGAAAAAAUAAAGGCACGGCUGAAAGCAGAAUUUGAAGCCCUGGAGUCUGAGGAGAGGCACCUGAAGGAAUACAAGCAGGAGAUGGACCUGCUGCUGCAGGAGAAGAUGGCCCACGUGGAGGAGCUGCGCCUGAUCCACGCGGACAUUAACGUGAUGGAGAACACUAUCAAGCAGUCUGAGAACGAUCUCAACAAGCUCUUGGAAUCGACUCGUCGCCUGCAUGAGGAGUACAAACCCCUGAAGGAGCACGUGGACGCUCUGCGGAUGACUCUGGGGUUGCAGAGGCUGCCAGAUCUGUGUGAGGAGGAAGAGAAACUGUCCCUUGACUACUUUGAGAAGCAGAAAGCGGAAUGGCAGACAGAGCCACAGGAGCCGCCCAUCCCCGAGUCGCUGGCUGCAGCUGCAGCUGCUGCCCAACAGCUGCAGGUGGCCAGGAAACAGGACACCAGACAGACUGCAACCUUCAGACAACAGCCGCCGCCCAUGAAGGCAUGUUUAUCGUGUCAUCAACAAAUUCAUCGGAACGCACCCAUAUGUCCACUCUGCAAAGCAAAGAGCCGAUCCCGGAACCCCAAAAAGCCCAAGAGGAAACAGGACGAGUGACAGGCGGCAGACUGACGAGCGAGCGCGUCACCUGUUCCAGUCCUCUUGCAGCAGGACUGCAAACGUGGCCACACUUUCUGAAGUACAGACUCAAGUACGACCAACCCAUUGUUUCCUAUUUAACGCAAUGUAAGCACAAUGUUCCUGUUCUGUCUUGAUUUCCUUCCAGUCCUCAGGAUUUGAUUUUAGGAAAGUAAGUAUUACUGGUGCUACAGUUUAACACUUCAAUCAUUCCAUCUUUCGGACUCCUAAACAAGGUAGAAUUCUUAAGCCAGGCUAUUCCUAUUGGCUGAAUGUGAUUACCACAAAUGCUUUCACGUUCUCUUUUCAAAGACAGAUGUUACUAAAAGACUAUGCUGUUUUCUCCUGAUAAUAGGAGACUACCUGAAGCGGUGAAAUAGCAGACUCUCUGUUUCACUAAAGAACCAUUCAUUUUCUAAGCUAGUAAGAUUUCACAGGUUUGGGUAUCCAGCAGAACUCUUCUUAUACAGGAAUAGUUCAGAGGAAAAAAGAGAAAUUGUUUAUACAGGAAAUCAGUGCAUCAAGGACACAAGUGAGCUUUGGGUUACUGGAGUUCGACUGUACCAUUCCCUCAAACUUGACUUAAAAUUUGGAAGGGGGAUCAAGUUGCUGGCUGUCUAUGGAUUUCUAAAAAUGAUGUAAUUUGUGAUGCUUUAACAUCCAAAUAUGCUAUUUUCAGCAGUCAGAAGACUGAUUGACUGAAAUACAAGGCUCAAAUGAACUGUAUUAGUGCUCUUUUUAGGCUCUGGCCAACCAGCUCACUGUGAUUCCCUAGGAAACACGCAUGAAAUAUCGCAAAUCUCUAUGCGCACAGACUGCAACAACAGCCAUUCUGCAUGUCUUCCUGGUUUCCACAGCCCAGGUCUCCCUUGGCAGGUGUUUCCUCCACCGGAGCGCAGGGAAGCUCAGGAACAUGCACCAGCAACAGCGUCAUCUAAAAAUGAUGACUUUCCCCAGAACUGCCUGGCUUUUGUGUUAUCAUCCACCCUGAAACAAAACUUCCUAUUUUUGUAUCAUUUUCAAGUAGACUUUAUUUCAGCCCAGGGUUUGUUUUUGUUUGGUUUUUUUUGCUUGUUUGGGUUUUGUUGUUGUUGUUUUGGUUUUGUUGUUUUUUGGUUUUUUUUUUCUUUUCCUUGCUCUGUAUGUGUGCCAAAAGAACCCUGACUAAAGGAUCCUAUAGACCUCUCCCCGUAUCCAUGUCUUCCCUUUGUUUCACCUCAUGUAACAGCAGUUCCUGCAAUGGGGAGGAUGGCAGUGACACAACAACAGAACCGGGGUUUAAAACUCACUUAUUUCUAAUCCCAGUCUUGUUACCACCUCUGAUGUCUAAAUUGAUCUUGAGUAUUAAGUAUUUUUCUCACUAACUCCAGGAGGCAAGGACUGCCUGUUUAUAUCCUUCUCUCUUUAGCCCAGGUUUUCCUCUGCUAUAGUAUGCUGGAGUGUUUAUAUGGAGAACUUGUUAAAUAGGAAGAGCAAGGAAGCCCCAACUUUGUCAGAACUUUGCUGGGGACCUUACAAAUCCAUAUAAACUGAUUUUGCUGGCCAAAUCAUUUAUGUUGCCAUUAAUUUCCCAACUCUGCCAUAAAGUACAUGAGUAUUCUAUUGCAUAUAGCCCUAUAAUUUUGACCAAGUUCAGUUGGUAUUCUCCCAUUUUAAUGUUUCGUAGCCAAACACACACCUGUCAACAGCAGAGACAGAAUGUGGACCACGUGCCCCUGAAAGUGUAUGAAGAACAGAUUCUGCUGGCUGAAUUACCGGGAUUCGGUCUCUGUGAGAUAACAAUAACGGAGGAUGGUCUGACCCCAUGCUGCACAUGGCAGUGCUAUGCUAACUCUGUUGUUAAGCAUGUUUCCCAACACAAAUACUGGAUUCUGCUUUUAAAUGUGAGAGCAGCCGCAUGCUCUGUGUGUGCCCCGUUCCGAGCAAUUCCUACUGAGUUCACAGGAAAAUGCACAUAGAGUUAAAGGACAGUAUAUGGACUCCCCAGAGUGCAUGCAUGAGAGCAGCACACGUUGAUGACAGUUGUACGUAAAUUUAAGAAGCAGUGACAGCGCAGAAUGGGUGAAUGGUCUGCAAUGAAGUAGUGCGAAUAGAAGGUUAGAUGCGUAGAAACUUUGACUUACAGUUCUGAAAUAGAUAGGGUUAGUCAUAGCUACUCUUACUUCACUGUUACUUUGCCACAUUCUUUCUUUCUUGAAGAUUUCUAGAGCUCUAAACUGAAAUAUGCUUAAGGAUUCACCAUUUACUAAAUAAGCGUGGCAGUUUUGUAUUUUUACUUUUUUAAACUAGUCUCUUGUGCCCUUGUGUUUAACAAGGUUUUUGGUUUUUUUAAAAAAAGCAAAACGUGAAUAUGACAUAUUGUGUUUGUAUCAAUCAUGUACUAGCAUUUACAAAUCUGUUUUCACAUCCUUUACAAAGUUCUGCCAUAUGAGUAGCAGGCAUUGCUGAGAAUGAGUUUAACUGAAUAUGGCCAACACGUCCUCCGGCAGACAAAGCCUCGUCCAGGAGCGGAUCAAGCGCAGUGAGCCAGUCACUGCAGGUGAUCAUCCCACGAGCACUGGGUGCAGUUUCGGGUGCACCCAACUAUUAGAAUGUGUCCAGAGGAGAGUGACCAAGAUGGUGAAAGGCCUCAAGGGCGAGAGGAGUGGCUGAGGUCAGUUGGCGUGUUCAGCUUGGAGAAGAGAAGGCUGAGGGGUGACCCCAUGGCUGAGGGGUGGCCCCAUCGGGUCCUCCUGGCGGGGCGGGCAGCGGGGGGAAGGCGCUGAGCUCCUCUCGCUGGUGACCAGGGGUAGGACAUGAGGAAUGGAAUGAAGCUGUUCAGGGGAGGGUCUGGUUGGACGUUAGGAAAAAGUUCUUCACUGAGAGGGUGGCCAGCCGCUUGAGCAGGCUCCCAGGGAAGUGGUCACAGCACCAAGCCUGCCCGAGUUUGGGGAGCGUCUGGAUGAUGUUCUUAGUGUUACGGUUUAGUGUUAGGUAGUCCUCUGAGGUGCAGGGAGUUGGACUUGAUGAUCCUUAUUGGUCCCUUCCAACUUGACAUACUAUGUGAUUCUGUGAUUCUACUUCAAGGAGACAGAAUUCGUGUUAUGUAUUAAGGGAUCCUGGGGGCAUGGAAGCAGUACCUUUCAUAGGGAACCAGUAUUCUCCUUUUCUCUCACAGAUUAACUAAGGAAGUUUAACUGAAGAGCUCUUCUUGCAAAAGCCCUGGACCCUUUUCUCCCAGGCACCUUUCUCAAGAGACUAGAGGGGUAAUUAUGAAAUAUUGAUUUAUUGUUUUUUAGUCAGAAGCAGAAACUGUGGCAACUACAGUUCUUGCCACAAGUCUACUGCAUUUUUGCUCCAUGGAGUAACAAUAGCCUCUUCCUUUGAGCCUAAGGUUCUUUGAGGAUAUUUCUUCCCUUGGCUUAAAUGCAUUCUUAUUUGCGUUAAAUUCUCGUAAUAGUCGCAAAGACACCCUUCUCAAAGCUCACAAGAUUUUUAUAUUACCAAAGUCUGGUUUAACCCUAGCAUUGUCAUUCCCUUUUCAAUGGGUAUUAAAGCAACAACAAAAUCACUGGAUCGUUUUGUUACAGAUGGUUCCUGGGGUCUUUUCCUGGUUCCUCACUCGCCUCAAGGGAUAGUCCUGUUGUUCUGCAACCAAGUGGCAACAAAAAUCACAAGCCUGUCCCCCUGCCCCUUAUCUUAAGCUCAUGCUAAAAGGAUACAAAGACUCUCCUGUGUCUAAAGGCUUCGCUAUCAAAAUUUUUGUACCCAAGCUGGGGUAGAUCAGUUGUUUCAACUUUACUGCCAAGGACCCUAUUAACAACAGAGAAAAUCUACACUAAAUUUUAAUACUUGCACUUCCUGAAUUCAGCUUUGGCUUUCUGAACAGGACACUGACUGAACCUGCCAGUGACUUCCAGUUACAGAAUCUAAUUUUGAAAGAAUAGCCAUUAAUGUGUUACUCGAAAUAGCAGACUUUUCAAGACAUUAACUUUACUGGCACUUUAAAUAACUGAAAGUGCUUUCCUUUGUUUUACGGUUUCCUAAUUCUUCCAACAUAGGUUUCCAUUUUAGCAUUUAGGUAUUUUAGCAGUAUCUGACAUUUUCACUGGCUCUGUGUUUUAAAUAUUUUACCCCUGUGCCCAGUUGAAGUAAGAGCGUGCUGCCCGUUUAAUUUGCCUGUACAACCCUUUUUAAUAAAUGGUUGUUUCAUGUCUUGCA